GCCCCAUUUCCCCCCCCCCACUAGAGCAAUCCUCGGAACAACUGCAUUCACCUCCACUACCAACUACACGCUCGACGAAACUCUCUCCACUCUUACCGAUCGAACGAAAUCGCAAUGGCUGGCUUUAUCUACAAGGAGAACAAGGUCCCUCAGUACCAGAGGCUCUACCAGAGGGAUGACGGCGUGAGACUUUGGAACAAGCACCCUCGGUCUAGGGUCCUUCUCCUUCCUUACUUCGCCAUCCUCGGUGUUGGUGUCGCUGGCUCCAUCUACGGCAUGGUCAGAAUGGCUGCCGGCAAGAAGACCUUCUACUAGAUCCGCCAUGCAUGCGGCAGGUAAAUAGUUUCUGUAGGGGCUGGGUGGGGGGCGUGCGGGCGGAAUGUGUAUAGAAUGAAUUCGAAUACCAGUCGAAUGUUGAAACCG